AUGCUAAGCUUCAGGGAAAUUCAAAAGUUGGGGGCAGAGAUCAUUGGCGUGAGUGCUGACAGUGUAAAGUCUCACGAGCAGUUUGUCAGCAAGCAAAAACUGCCCUACAUCUUGUUGGCUGAUACCGAGGGACAGCUACGGACAACAUUUCAGGUACCCAAAUUGUUGUUUGGUUUUCCUCAACGCACUACCUUUGUGAUAGACAGAGAGGGUAUCAUCUCAAACGUCUUUGAGUCAUUCUUUAGCUACAACGAUCACAUUGUUAAUGUACGAAAGGCUUUGCAAAAGGAUUCUGAAGUCGAGACCCAAACAGAAGGAGAACAAGCAGGCGAGGAAGCGGCUCAAUGA